UGUAUUGUAUGGAGAGAGAAACCAGAGACUAGUUUGCAACCGUUAAAAACAUAGUGUAAGUUCAGCAGAAUAAAGUCCCCCCCGGCAAAAAAAAAAAAAAAAUUCCAAGACAGUCCACGUAAGGUCUGAUCCGUGUAAACUGACAGGUCGGAGAGAGAAAGAGGAGAAAGACAGAGAUUUCUUCUUCUGGGUGAGUUGUUUUGAGUAUUGGGUGUUUGUUUGGAUGAAAGGAAGAGGGUCAUGGUGAGUUCACAAGAGAACACUGCCCACCAUCAUCAUCAUCAAUUGGACGGUGGAGAUGGUGGUUUGGAGCAGCAGCAGCAGCAGCCAUCUUCUGGGGAUGUUUCAUGCUCGAUUUGCCUUGAUUUGGUUUCGGAUAUUGGAGGCAGAUCAAGGGCUAAGCUGCAUUGUGGCCAUGAAUUCCAUCUGGAUUGCAUUGGUUCGGCUUUUAAUACAAAAGGGAUGAUGCAAUGUCCAAAUUGCCGGAAAGUUGAGAAUGGUCAGUGGUUGUAUGCAAAUGGAUCUACUCGCUCAUUCCCUGAGAUUAGUAUAGAUGACUGGAUACCUGAUGAGGAUCCCUAUGAUAUGCCAUUUAGACUUCAUUGGUGUCCAUUUGGUGAAGCAGCACAAAUACAUUCAUCUUUUGAGGAAGUGGAAUCUCCGCCAACUGCUUAUCACAACCCACGAGAGCACCAUGCUAUAUUUGCAGAACAGAUUGCUCCAUCAUCCCUGCCUCAUUCUUACUUUGCCUACUUCAGACCAGUUCCACCUGCAUCAUCAAGAUCUAUGAAUGGCAUUGAUGAUCCUAACUUAAAUAAUCCAUGGAAUGGCUUAAGAGGACAGAAUGAGAUUUUAAAUCCCCAUAUUUUUCCGGCCAUUAGUAUACAAUAUCAAAGUUGGGGUCAUCACUCCUCUCCUUUCUCCCCAUCCAGUAGCCAUGUCAAUGGUGUGAAUCCAGUUUCAAAUCCAUCUGCUACAGUUAGGUCUACUAACAUUGAAUCAAAUUCUACAGUGAGAUCUAGAGCACGUCUCUUUUGGCUAGUUCGAGGGUCUGAUCCCAUAGUGGAAAGUUCAUUUGUUCCUCAUUCAAUGGACACCACUGCUCGAACUCACGAGAGAGUCCAGGCCUUCCACCAUCAUCUAAACCACAGCGUUUCGCUCAGCAUGCCAUCACCUGUCACUCCUAGUUUCAGAAGAUUUGACGGUCAUGGCGGGAGCUUGCCAGCCAUGGUACCAACAGCUCCACCACACAAUCAUAGUGCUGGUUUUUUCAUCUUUCCUCCUCAAAGUUCAUCAGUCAGGAAUGCUCGUGAAGAACAUUCUUUGGCAAGCCGUGUUCAUGGGUGGGGAAGGGAACAUUUACCACAUUUCCCAAAUGUAUAUUCUGAGAGGGAAGCAAGUUGGGGUUCUCCUCAUCGCAUCACUGGUAGUCCUGAUUCUGGGAACAGGUCCAGCGGCUUAUGGCACAGGACAUGGUGUUAGCGAAUCUGGUUCCAACCAUCAUUGUAAGAGACUAAUACAAACUCAUUCUGCUUGCAAGAAACUCAUAAAUGAGUUAUCCGAAUUAUAUGUGAAUGGAACCAAAGGUUAUAUGUUAACAUAUGUUUAUCGGCACUAAUCCUAAUUUUAUGUAAAUCAAGUAAUGGUGCUUGGGGUUAAGUUACUGCUGAGAAGUAUUAGAUUAUGAAUAACUCGUGUAAUUUUAGUUGCGUUGGACCAAAACUUGAGCCUUAGUCCUAAUUGCAAUUGGAGUUCUUGGGAUGUGUUA